CCCGUUUCUGUUGCUAGUCUCGCAAUCUCAGCCAUCGCCUUGCAUCAUUUCCGCCCAAUAUUAUACGAGAUUGAUACGAGAUUUCUAGUCGCAAUCAUGACUGUCAGCAGGCGGACUCCACUCACAUGCAGCCGCUGCUUAAGCCUAGCCACCGGCCCACCAGUUCUAUCUUCACGCCGUCUGGGCGAGAUUGCUUGAUUUUCUUCUCUUUAUACCUUGGACAGCUGGUCACGCAUCGUUGAAUGCCAAUCCUGCGAAUUCUCCGAUGUAUGCAUCGGAGCUCGACCAAUAUUCUAAGGCAACAUGGACGGUCUCGCGGGGGCGAACCAAUAUAUAUUCACGCCCUUCUUUCGAAGCGCAAAUCGCACCUCUGCCGUGUUGGCGGGGGAGAAUGAGCAUGCCCCGUCGUUUGAGAGAUCGCUGUGGCAGACUCGUACCCAGCAUAUAGCCUCUUUUAUCCGCGAAGGAAACGUUCAUCUAGGUCUCCUCGUACUUUCCAUCUUCGUAUUCUCACUGCAAAUAUUGUUCCACUACAGACAACGAUACUGGAAAAAGAAAAACCGGCCUGAAGAUGCUGAAUUGACAUACCCGGUACAGCUAUAUACACCCCUCGGCUAUUCCCUCGCACAAAUUGCGUUCGUGGUUGCGUCCGUGGCUGUUAGUGUUGCGUCCGCGGUUACACAGGCCGCAAGUUGGAAACAAUCCUUAUUGUUCGGGUAUAUAGCGGUUUUAUAUACCUCCAGAUUUUUAUGGAGCACCAUUACUCAUGAUCGCAUUUAUUUUCAUGUGAACUGCAUUGCGGGGGUCGUUACGCUUCUCGCUGCCUUACAGUCCUUUCUGCCACUAGUCAUCCUAGAAUCGACUCACCGUCUAUCCCCAAUUCAGCUUGCUGGGCUUGCUUGCCUGGCAGCAACGACUUUGGUUCCUUUGGUUGCACCGCGUCCACAGCGGAUUCCAGACAAUGGAUCGUACGGCGGAGAAGAGGAUCUACGUUUGGUAGAGAAGGCCUCGGUAGAAGAGACCUGCUCGCCUAUUUCUUAUUACUGGACUUACGAAUGGAUCACAUAUCUAAUUUUCCAGGCUGUUCGCCGCGAUCUUGUCCAGGACGAUCUGCCCAUCUUACCGUCCUACGACGCCCCUUCAAAAUGGGCAAAGAAAAUUUCGAUACAGCGGCAGCGCGGUGGCAAAAUAUUAUUUGUUCUUUGUCGAUUAUUGGCGAAAGACAUUCAAGGUAUCAUUGAGUGGGCAGCCAUCACUUCAUUUGCCGAGUUUCUGGCUCCUAUCGGUCUUGUGAACCUACUUAGAUACCUUCAAAACCCAUCAGGCGCAGUUGUACACCCAGCCCUAUGGAUUGCUUUGCUCUUUGUUGGCCCUGCGACUCGGUCGCUGUGUUUUCAACGGUAUAUCUUCGUCGCCACCAGGAGUAUUGUUCGCAUUCACAUGUCACUUGUUCAAGAGAUAUAUCGCACUGCGAUCCACUCCCUCAUCUACGACUCCUCUAUUUCAGAGAAGAAAGUAGACCAGCGUGCGGACGACGUAGCCGAAAAAGAAGCCUCCAAGCACAGGCAGGCAGAUAUCACGACUCUGAUGUCAUCCGAUGUGGAGUCUAUCUAUAACGCGCGUGAAAUAUUCUUUGUACCUGUAGCUUUUACCAUCUCUGUGACCGUUGCCCUCAUAUUCUUAUACCGCUUACUUGGCUGGCCAUCUUUUGUUGGAGUUGCAACCCUGUUCCUAUCCACUCCGUUGCCCGCCAUCAUGUCACGCCGCGUAUCACGGAUCCAGAGGUCAGUAAUGCGAGCCACCGAUGCUAGAAUAUCUAAGAUCACGGAAUACCUAGGGUCUAUCCGAACACUAAAGUACUUUGGCUGGGAGCCCGCCAUGGAGAAACAAAUCGAUGCCCUCCGCCAGGUCGAACAAGGUCGCAUUUGGAAACGCAAUUUAAUCACCGCCAUAGUAACACUCUCUGCAGACUUUUUGCCUAUGACGAGUUUGUUGGUGACUUUCUCAACAGUCGCGCUUUUCACUGAUACUCCACUCGACGCCCCUACAGCAUUUACUUCGUUGUCCGUCAUGGAGAUUCUGCGUUCCCAAUGUCUCUGGAUGGCUAAUAUUGUGCGUACUGCGUCACAGGGUGUCGUGUCUCUUCGUCGUCUGGACAGGUUCUUCGACUCUGCUGUUGAGCUCAAGCGCCACCCGGAAGGGCCACCUGAGUUCAAGAACGCCACGUUUCGUCGUACGCCUAUAGCGACAUUCAGAAUGCAAGAUCUUUCCAUUUCCUUCGUGGAGAACGCUUUGAAUGUCGUUACCGGACCUACAGGAAGCGGUAAGACUUCCUUGCUUCUAUCACUCAUCGGAGAGACUAUUCUUGAGUCUGGCAUAGCAACCUGUCCGCGUGAUGUAGCAUAUGUCCCGCAAACCGCGUGGCUGCAAAACGAGUCUGUGAAGCAGAACAUCUUGUUUUACAGCGCAUUCGACCAGAAUCGUUAUGACGCGGUUGUCGCCGCUUGUGGGCUUCUUACAGACCUCGAACAACUGCCAGAUGGCGAUUCGACCGUCGUGGGCGAGCGCGGUACCAGUCUCUCUGGCGGACAGAAACAGCGAGUGUCACUUGCACGAGCAAUCUAUUCGCCUGCUUCUACUUUACUUUUGGAUGACAUCUUCUCGGCACUGGACACGCAUACCACAGCGUUCGUGUACGACCAAUGUUUCCGACGAGGCUUGCUUGCCGGCCGUACGGUUAUACUAGUUACCCAUCUGCCUUCGGCCUUGCAGGAUGCUCGAACGGUGAUAACUGUGGAACAAGGCACUGUGUCUUCUAUUCAAGUAAAUGAAGAAUCGACAUUAUCGUCUUCGAGCGCAAGCACAAUCUCAGGGGUUCCAAUCGCCCCUAGCUCGUCAGGAGUAACUAUUGCAUAUGAGGACGAGAUAGACUUGGUCAAAACAUCGCAAUCUGACGCAGAAGACGACUCGGAUGUAUCUUCAGACCAGAAACCAGCCACAUCCUCGCGCCUAGUAGCCGAGCAGUCUUCAACAGGACGAAUCCCACGGACCCUAGUGCUGGAGUACCUCCUUAAUUUCGGCGGAUAUCCGUUUCUCAUUGUCGCCAUGUUUUCUACGCUCGCAGUACAAAUCACCUACUUUUCAAUCACCUACUGGCUAUCAGUCUGGGCAGACGCAUAUGAUGGCAGCGACGCAAGGAGUAUCAACGUGCAUUUCUACUUAUCCGUCUAUGCCACCACUAUAGUAGCAUACCUCUCAUUCCAGUUCUGUAACAUUGUUUUCUUCCAAGCCGGUGGCUGGAGAGCAUCCAAGAAGAUGCACACCAGACUCCUCCACGCGAUCUUAUACGCACCCGUCUCAUGGUAUGACCAAAACCCCAUUGGCCGCGCGCUGAACCGCUUCGGCAACGACACCAGAUCCCUCGAUGCCGUUCUACCAGACUGGGUUCAAAGAGUCGUAGAUUCUGCGCUCCGCUUUCUCAUGCGCAUUGUCAGCAUUUCCCUCGUCAUACCCAUCUUCGCUGUUCCAGCCUGCGUUAUCUGCGGCAUCGGUUAUGUGAUCGGCGAGCUUUAUACGCGUGCGCAAAUUUGCAUUCGGCGGCUGGUUUCUGUCAACGCCUCACCGAUUUUCAUCCACUUCACCGACACUAUCGCGGGCAUGAGUGUGAUUCGCGCGCGGAGCGGGAUGGAUAGCAGAUUCCAGCAGCUGCUAGCGGAGAAGGUCGGGGUGUAUGCGCGGUCCAAAGAGGCACAGCUCAACUCAAAUCGCUGGGUCUCGGUACGCUCGGAUCUAUCCGCGGCGACGGUCACUGCUAUUGCGGGGGUUCUGGCAUAUACGAGUAACGGAGAUCCAGGCUUGGUUGGGUUUUCGCUGUCCAACGCAGUCGGGCUCGGCCAGGCAAUUCUAAUACUCGUCCGAACGAUGAACGAGCUCGAAGUUGAGCUCAACUCUUUUCAACGAGUCGAAGAAUACGCUGGCAUCGAACCUGAGGAGGCCGACAAUACGAAAGACCAGAAAACUUCCAGCCCGCGACAACUACCGCCGGCCCACUGGCCGACCUCCGGCCAUGUCGAAUUCCGCAAUGUCACAGCACGCUAUCACAACGGACCCAAUGUACUCCACGAUAUCAGCUUCGUCGCCCAUCCCGGCGAGCGCAUUGGCAUCGUCGGCCGGACAGGUAGCGGGAAAUCGACACUGGGGUUGUCCCUCCUCCGAUUUACGGACCUCGUAUCGGGCAGUAUCAGCAUCGACGGCGUGGACGUUAGCACAAUCCCGCUGAAUCGGCUGCGCACCAGCAUCGCACUGAUUCCGCAAGACCCUGUGCUCUUCUCCGGCGACGUGCAAUCCAACCUCGACCCGUUCGGCGAACUCGGCGAUACGGAGCUGCAAGCCGCGUUGUCGGCGUGUUGCACCUCAAUCCACAUCACCGCAGCGCCCGGAGACGAGGAGAGAGUCAGUCAAACCGAGGCGUUAAAACUUGACACGCCUGUUGCGGCCAACGGUGAGAAUUUUAGUCAGGGCCAGAGACAGGUUCUAGGGCUGGCACGGGCUGUUAGUCGUCGUGCAAAGGUCGUGCUGCUAGAUGAAGCGACAGCGUCGGUUGACCAGGAGACAGACGAGCACAUUCAGCGGCUGAUUCGAUCUGAAUUCCCCGAUUCCACGAUCAUUGCGAUUGCGCAUCGUCUGCGGACGAUUGUUGAUUAUGACCGGGUGAUUGUCAUGGGAGGUGGUGAAGUCCUUGAAACGGGCACGCCAGUCGAAUUAAUUGAGCAAAAGGGGGUCUUUUGCGACAUGCUGCGUAGUACCGGGGAGUACGAAGAGCUUGUUCGUAUAGUUGAGCAUAAGUAGACAUUGGCAUACGGGAAAGAAUGAGGGGAAGAAUUUGUUUUAUUGUUCUGCAUAUCAUUCAAUAUUCUGGAUACCAGUUGACUUGUAGACUAUUAGACUUGCAUUGGAGUUGGGGGUGAUUAUUUUAACAUCAAGAUUGGAAUACAUAAAUGUCUGGUAUUUGUGGAGUAGUGAUAUUUUUAAUGAGGAUUAUGACUGAAC